AUGUUUGCCAAGCAACUCAAGCACACUCAGGAUGACGGUGAUGCCAAUCCGCUAGGACUCGAUAGACUGGAGACCAUCUACCAAGAAUUCAAAGACAGAUUGGGAACCUUGCGCAACCAGUUCAGGGUCGUAUACAUCAUUUUCACCAACAGAAUGGUUACUCAGGAUGUCUUGGAAACGUUCUACUCCGACCAUGACGGCGCCAUUGUCAUCCACAAAGCAAAUAUUGAGAACUACCUCACUGGUUCAUUUUCCUUGUUUUCCUUGUUUGACGAAGAUAUGGAGGUUGAUCAUGAUGAUGAAUCAGAUUCGAGAUCUGCCAACUCUGAUGAUGGAGUGGACCCUGAUGAGAAGUAG